AUGGCAAGGGCGCAUCGGCAUUUUGAGUUCAUAAACGUGUCACCAAACGCUCCUGGAAAGCCACAGAAAGCUGAACGGAGAAAGAUUCGGAGCCACUGCAUGCGUGGUAGGAAUCGACGAAUUCCUUCCGCGCGGCUGCCCGAGAAUGAUACAUUUCGAGACCACCCCGUUGUAGAACCAAAUGUGUCGUUGCCGCCUUAUGAGCAGGAGGGGAGUCAAUUUCCUAUCGCAACACGUGUGAAUUCGCCGCUACUUUCCCUCCCCUGCUUGGCCGAUUUUGCUGUUGAAGUUGAUAACGAGUCCUUUUGGAAAGUCGAAAGCUCAACGGAUGUGAUUUUCCCUGGCGCCAUGAGUGCCUUUUCCCUCGCCAGGUUCCGCUUACCGUCUCACUUCAAAUCAUCCCAAUGGAGUGAUUGGCUAUUGUCAGAUAGGGCCUACGUGUAUGCCAUUGUUGCCGUAUGCGCAGUUAUUCAGGAAUUCCUUCUGGAAACUCGGCGAUCAAAGCAUACACUCAACGAAAGACUCUCGAGCGACAAUACCUCGCUAUCAGACGCCAGGAUUGCCAACGUCAUUGCUCUGACCCUUGCGGCUUUGGUGACAAAUGACCAUCUCGCUAUGUCUAUCCAUGGAACUGGAUUGCGGCGAAUGGUAUAUCUGCGGGGAGGUUUCGAAAGAUUUCGCGGUAAUCCGCAGAUACUAGUUGUACUCUCUCGGAUUGAUCUAUGCGUGAUACUCAGCUCUGGAAAGGGACCUUAUUUUCCUCAGUGUGACCCAGCUGGCCUUGUUCACGACCUGAUCAAGCCCCAUCCGCAGGCAUGUCUACUUACAUUACUUGGCAUGGCGAUCAAUACAGCGGCCAGCGCCCAAUCUGAAGGGAUACAGAAAUACGAGGUCCAUGCUGGUAUCUUUGUGGCGCAGUAUAGACUCUGGCAACUGCAGGGAACGAUGUCUGAUAUCCUCGGAGAAUGUAUACGUAUUGAAAUGCUCGGCUUUCUUACUACGACGUUUAGCCUCAUGAACAGUCGAAUUAGAUAUGACCAUGCCACUAACCAGUUAAAAGUUCUGUGCUGCGCCAUCGAGGUGUCAACGCAACAGCUUCGCCCACUCAUGUUGUGGGUACUAAUGGUUGGUACGCUCGCCUUCUUUGACCCGGAUGAAGAAUGGCUUCGCGAGAAGUGGCGAUCGGGAGUGCUUCCGCUUAUAGAAGAAUUGCAAUGGCUGGAAGCGCGAGAAUAUCUAAAAGACUUUCUGUGGAUAGACUCUUGCAAUGAUACCAAGGGCCAAAUUCUCUUCGAGAAACUAGGACGGUUAGAAAAAAACAAUUAG